GGUGCGGCAACACUAUGGUUAUUACGGUAACCUUCCAUUCACUCAGCGGAAGAAGAUGUGUUAGGGCUUCCGGCUUCGUGAGGUCGGACUCGAGUCGGACAGCCGUAAAAGCGACUCAGUCAAUGGAACAUGGAGUGUAUUCCAGUAACUAUUGAUGACAUCGAGAGCAAAAAGGAUCCAUUCAUUGAUGACCGAGACCGUAAUGUAUACACCAGGUUUAUGAAGUCCCAUCGUUGUUAUGAUCUUGUACCCACAAGCUCCAAAUUAGUUGUGUUUGAUACUUCACUCCAGGUGAAGAAGGCGUUCUUUGCUCUUGUUUCUAACGGGGUAAGAGCAGCGCCCCUGUGGGACAGUAACAAGCAGUGCUUUGUUGGUAUGCUAACCAUCACAGACUUCAUUAACAUUCUUCAUCGCUACUACAAGUCUCCUUUGGUUCAGAUAUAUGAGUUGGAAGAACACAAAAUUGAAACAUGGAGAGAACUGUACCUGCAGGAUUCAUUCAAGCCUCUAGUCAGCAUAUCUCCCAAUGCAAGUUUGUAUGAUGCCGUUUCAUCUCUGCUGAAGAACAAGAUCCACAGACUGCCUGUAGUUGACCCUCUGACGGGGAACACCCUGUACAUCCUCACCCACAAGAGGAUUCUUAAGUUCCUGAAGCUUUUUAUAUCAGAGAUGCCGAAACCUUCGUUUUUAAGCCAGACUUUAGAGGAGCUGAAUAUUGGGACGUUUCGAAGCAUAGCAGUGGUUCAUGCAGACACACCGUUGUACACGGCGCUGGGUAUUUUUGUGGAGCAGCGAGUGUCGGCGCUCCCUGUUGUGGAUGACAAAGGUCGAGUAGUGGACAUUUACUCGAAAUUUGAUGUUAUAAAUCUGGCAGCAGAGAAGACGUACAACAACCUGGAUGUGACGGUGACCAAAGCCUUGCAGCACCGCUCUCAGUACUUUGAGGGAGUUCUGACCUGCAACAGACACGAGACCUUGGAGGCCAUCAUCAACAGGCUGGUGGAGGCGGAGGUGCACAGACUAGUGGUGGUUGACGAGCACGACGUGGUGAAGGGGAUAGUUUCCCUUUCAGACAUCCUCCAGGCACUAGUGCUCACUGGUGCAGAAGAGGGCGCCGCCUAAGGCAGGAGUGAGAAACAUUAGACUUCAGGAUGAGACCAGAGCGGAGGGAGCAAGAACAGGCCUGUGGGAGGAAAACUACAAAAGCACAUCUCGUGUUUCUUCUGGAAAAUAAAUGGAGUUGAUUUAGUGAGACAGCAGUUUCUAAUGAGAAGAUCAGGAAACCUUUAAAUUGAGCCAAAUUCUUCACCCUCAGAUUAAUUCUUCUUGACUAAAGUAAAACCACAUUCCCUUAGUUGCAAGACUGGAGACUGCCAACAGGACGCUUGGUGUCAGAGUAAUAUCACACUAGCAGCAACAUGAGUUGAUGAUUAACGUUCAGUUAAGUAUUGUAUUAAUAAUCUCAAAUUAUUUUUUGUUCAUUUAACUUAUUUAAAUGCAGCUUUACAAUUAUUUUAAUCCAGUUUAUACAAAAAACUAAAGUAUUUUACCAAUUAUUUAGCUUAAUGGGCUAUUACAACAACACUUACAUUGGACAACGUCGUCUGUUUGGUAAUAAUUAGUUAUGUAAUGAGACCAAGUAUCAUUAACUGUCUAAAUACUUGUCUGAGGCAGCUUCCGGAUCUUUAUUUUCUUUCCAAAUGGCUGAAUUAAUGUAGCUUUUCAGUAGGGAUUGAAUCUGUUUAAAUGAAAACAAAGUAGGAGAAAAACAACAGGGUAGCAGACCUGACGGAGCUGCUGUGUUCGAUUAGACUACCUAUAUGUGGAUAUUUAUGGGGUUAGUCUUUUGAAUCCUUUGACACAAGUGUAUGUAAAAUGAAUUCUAUAUAUUUUAUUUUUGAGCCAUCUUUUUUCUGCCUGUAACCCAAAGGUAUCUGUGUUUAUGGAUCGGUUGAAUUUUACAAGAAAAACACGUUGACCACUUUAAAGUUGAAUGAACAUUUGAUCUGAUUCAUUGUAUUAAUGUUAAUACUAAUAUUUUAGUUAGUCUGUAAUGCUGCUGCAUCCCAUCUUAUAUUCAUUAUAAAUAUUAAUUCGUUGAAGGGUCAUAAGCACUAAACUCACUAAAAACCAGCAUUUUCUUUCCUUUUUCUAAGUGAGAAAAAUGAGCCACAUUUAAUUCUUUGUUAUUUGUAAAAUUGAAUUUGUACAACUGCAUGUAAAUGCUGUUUUUGUACUUAUUCUUAUUUAAAAUAUAAUAAAGUUUCUUAAAGCUUC